CGUUCUGUUGCUUCCGGCCAAGACACAAAAUCACAAGCAGCAACCAUAAGCUUCUGUACUGAACAAAUACAAGUUUUAUCAAUGGCUACUAAUCACCUACCUUCAUAUUGUUAUUGAUAUUUUAAAAAGCAGAUCAUCAGUGCUGCUUGAAAAAGAUAAAAACACUGUGACAGUAAAAUGCUUGAAUAAUUUUCAUCUUUAAAAAAAAUCUCUCUGGUUUUACCCUCUGACAGUUUCUCCUCUUCUCAAAUCUAUUUUUUAAUCUGUUUUUUCUGCCUUUGUGUAACUUGAACUUCCUCUUUAGAUACAACAUGACAGCAUUUAGCUUCUGGUGCUCAAAGCAGUAGAAAAGGAUCAGUCAGAAAAUGCCAGUUUUUGCUAUAUCAGAUCUUUAUGGCAAACAUACAGAUGGGUUGUUGAACAGUCAGGUAAUGACAUCAAACUGCAGCCACACAGCAGUGAUGAUUUCUAGACAUUACAGUGGUCUCUUGAAUGGUGUAGAAACAUACAAACUCAGUCAUCUGCACUCAUUUGUUUCAUUGUUAGAGUGGCUGUGCAGGUGAACAUCUGUUUUCAUUGGCUGAUACUUAACAAUAUGCAGGACGGGUAGGAGCUCAAGUAUUGGGUUACAGAAACGUGACACCAUCUCUGUCUGCAGUUUUUUACUGUUACCAACCCCCUGUAUUCAGCGGUCAGCAGGAGCAGUGCUGCAAACACCUGUUCAAGUUCACACGGGGAUGGAGGCGUGUGCAUCCUGGUGCAAACCCAAAUUUAAAGUGCAAUAAUGUCAAAAAUAAAAAAGCACAUCGGAGACACAACCAAUGGGGUGUCGAGGUCCCCUCUGCAUCAUGGGCCCAAAGUGUACGGAGUGGUGCAGAGCACCAGCGGAGACAGCCAGCAGGAGGUGAGGGCGCAAGUGUGGCCGGUCAGUCACCUUCAUGAUGAGAUGAAAUACAUCAGGGAGGUGAGAGAUUCUCUGGAGAAGGUGAGGGAGCGGAUGUACGGCCAGUUUGGAGGAAUGCAGCAAUCAAUUGAGAAGCUGUCACAAGAACUCAGGGUUUCCAAUUCCCAACAAAGGAAUCUGGAGUCAGAGGUUAAGACCCGGAGCGCAGCAAUGGACAGUUUCGAUCAGAUGAACAACUCCCUUAUUUCUGCAAAUAUUGACUUACAGAAAUCUCUCUUAGAGAACUGCCAGAACAGAGUGGAUAUGAGACAGGAGGUGAAAAAUCUACGAAGCAGCUUUGAAAAAACACAAGAAAAGCUAAAGAACAAAGAGCAGGAGCUGGCUGCAGCUCACGCUGAAAACCAGAUGUUGAAGCUUCAGGUGGAGGCCUCGCGAGAGGCAGGUGUUCAGUCAUUGCGGGAGCUUUCAGCAAAGCUGCAGAAGGAGUAUGAAGAAAAGCUGCACGAGGAGCAGCAGAAGCACAGGGAGGAGAUUGAAAACCUGCAGGCCAGAUUGGAUGAGUACAUCAAGCGACUGGAGGAUGUGGAGAGAAAUCUGAAGAUUGCAGAAGAUAAGAUUGCUGAGAAAGACCAGAGGAUCAUGGAAGUGGACCGGCUUCUCGAAUGCAUGGGGAAAGAAAAGAAUCAACUUCAGUAUAAGCUGCAGGAAUGUGAACAGCGUCUGCGUUUGAUUGAGCUAAAUGACACCACGGAUGCUGUUGCAGAAAAAAGGUCUAAGGAGCUGCGGGAUGAAGCUGAGGGUCUGCGUGAGCGGAUCAAACACUUGAAUGACAUGGUGUUCUGUCAGCAGAAGAAAAUCAAAAGCCUGAUUGAGGAGGUUCAAUCUUUGCGAGUUCAAGUCGCACAGAAGGACAUGUUCAUCUCAGAGCUUCUAGACAGAAUUGCAAUAGUGGAGUGUGAGAAUACUGAGUUAGAAGACAAGCUGAAGUAUUUUAUGUCCAUACAGAAUAAGCCACAAGUGGUUGUGGAAAAAAGAGACAUAGGAGUAGGCCACGAUCUGUCUCCCAGACAUGAAGCACAGAGGCAGGACGUUGAAUAUCAGUAUCAACCUGCCCCUCUUCCACCCAUGCAACUCCCAUCACCUCCUGCAUCUCCGGUUGAAGCUCCAUCACCAGCUCAGCUUUUACCACACACUCAACCUUCAUCACCCAUCAGCUCUCCAUCACCUGCUGAAAAUGCUUUCCCCGAGCAACCCUCCUCUCCAUCACCUCUCUCCUCUCCAUCACAUCCCUCCUCUCCAUCACAUCCCAUCAAACAUUCAUCCCCCUAUCCUACCAUGCACUUCCAGUCCCGGACAUUCAGGCCCUCUAACCCUCCGCCCAGCAGGCUGGAGUCCAGUUUACUGAGGUGUACUCCUGUUCAAUACAGACAAUUCCUGCAGUCCUACCAGUCUGCUCCAAGUGUUCCCAGACGUGACGGCGGAGCUUUCCAGACGGGAAGAGACGAGGUUGAUGCACCAUCAAGCAGAGAUGGGUCCACUUUGCCUCCGCCCUCUCCUCAAAGAGUAGGAGUUUACACGCCAUUCAUGAAACUCAUGGAGAUUACUGCAAAUUUGAACAUAGAAUAAUCUCAACGAAACCAACAUGCAACUCUCAUUUUUAGGGGAAGAAGCCACAAUAAAGGAAAAAAUGUUAAGAGUGAGUGCACCCCUAUGCAUGUCAGUUUACUCGGUUUAAUCUCUUUAGUCAGUUUGAACUUAAACCUGCAUUUGCCCAGCUCAGUUCAUGAAAGGUAACUAAGCAGUUUUUAAGUCUGUUAUUGAUUUUUUUUUCAUUUAACAGUAAUUUGCAAGACACUUUACUUUUUACAAAGUUUAAUGCAGUUUCAGCUUCCAAGCCUGACCUUCUUUGCUAACAUGUAAGACAGUCCCCUGUUGCAUUUUGCUGACCCGCCCUGUCCAGGAAAACGCCAAAACAGCUGAGCGAUAUGUGACUUUAAGCUAUGACAGGUUCAUCCUGACCAAGAAAAAUGUAAACUGCAUUAGUAACGUCGAGGGGGCAUUCAGUCAUCUGUUUCUGCUGAGUAAAUCAUUAUUUUUCUAAACUGUUUUACGGAAGUUUAAAUAUAUCUUUGGUUUAUUUUAUUUUUUUCUAUUCUGUUUAGAGAAAAACUGAAGGAUGUAAAUAAAAGAAAUCAAAUAUUUUUGAAGAAGUAUUUCUCCUUUGUUUGCACUGUGUCUAACCAUUGUACAGCGCUGAAUGAGAUUUAUUGUUGCAUAAGCUUUGAGCUAUUCACUUGACAUUAGCUAAAAUGUAGUUGUGUAUCUUUUUUUAUUAUUUUGUAUUUUUGCUUUACCCAACAAAUAAGUAUUUUGUUGUUGUUUUCAAACCUGACAAAUUAUUUUACAAAAGUAUUUAUUAACAUGGUUUUAAUAUGUAUUUUAAUCUGUAAAAUCUGACUCUUUAAUGGAAACCCAGGUUACUCUACAUUUUUAAAAACUGUAAUCUUCUGCAAUCGUUAUAAAAGUCCUUUGUGUUCAGAAAA